CCUCCCUCUCUGUAUGUGCAGUGAGUGAGAGGGGAAGUCACUACUAGCAGCAGCAGAGGCAGCGUGCCUGCUCCAGUAAAUGCCAUACCCUCUGUUCCCAUUUACACACACACCUACAUAUACAUAAACACAUAACACUACACAUUCACAACUCCGGUUCUUUGGCUUCACGAUUCUUCAGUUCUCCUGUUCAUCAUAUCCUUGAUCCUGAACCCAGUGGCAGUGGUCAAAAAUACAACAUCGCGCAUCUGCUGCUUUUUGUAUAAUUUCUCUCCUCUUCUGAAUGACGGGCGGACGGUUUGACUUCGACGAUGGUGGCACAUACUGCGGCGGCUGGGAAGAUGGGAAAGCCCACGGGCACGGCAUCUGCACCGGCCCCAAGGGCCAGGGCGAGUACGCCGGGUCCUGGUCGCACGGCUUUGAGAUAGUAGGCGUUUACACCUGGCCCAGCGGGAAUAUGUACGAAGGAUACUGGGCACAGGGCAAAAGGCAUGGGUUAGGCGUAGAGACGAAAGGAAGGUGGCUGUACCGGGGCGAGUGGAGUCACGGGUUUAAGGGUCGCUAUGGGGUCCGGCAAAGCGUCAACACACCGGCCAGGUACGAGGGGACUUGGAGUAAUGGGCUACAGGACGGGUAUGGCAUUGAGACCUAUGGAGAUGGCGGUACUUACCAGGGGCAGUGGACUGGAGGAAUGAGACAUGGAUACGGUGUUCGACAGAGUGUGCCUUAUGGAAUGGCCACAGUUAUUCGUUCACCCCUUCGAACCUCCUUAGCUUCACUUCGCAGUGAGCAGAGCAAUGGCACUGUACUUCAUGACAUUACAGCAGACAGCCCUGCUGGAACCAGAGGAGGCUUUGUGCUCAACUUUCAGAGUGACAGCGAAGGAAUGACCAGUAAGAAAAAGGGCCUGUUUAGAAGAGGCUCCUUUCUAGGUAGUUUGAAGCUUCGAAAAUCUGAAUCUAGAACAUCUAUAUCAAGCAAACGCAGCUCGGUUCGGAGCGAUGCAACAAUGAGUCGCAUUAGUUCCAGUGAUGCCAACUCUACAAUUAGCUUUGGGGAUGGGGACUUACCUGAUGAUUAUUUCCCGAUGGAAGACCAUGUUGAUGCUACAACAACUGAAACAUAUAAUGGAGAAUGGAAGAAUGAUAAGCGGAGUGGGUUUGGCAUCAGUGAGCGCUCAAAUGGAAUGAAGUACGAGGGAGAGUGGCUGAACAACAAGAGGCAUGGAUACGGGUGCACAAUGUUUCCAGAUGGCACAAAGGAAGAAGGAAAGUACAAAAACAAUGUUUUAGUGCGUGGAAUUAGGAAGCAACUUAUACCCCUUAAAAAUACGAAAACUAAAGAAAAAGCUGUUAGAGCUGUGGAAGGAGCACAACGGGCAGCGGCUAUUGCUAGAACAAAAGUUGAAAUAGCUGCUUCAAGAACCGCACAUGCAAGGGCUAAGGGAGACGCUGCAGACCAGGCAGCCCAGGCUGCCUGCCAGGAAUCUGAUCUUGCAAGAGCCGUUGCCAGGGAACUUUCUCCAAGCUUCCACCAGCCAGGCCCUGAUUACCUCAAGCAGAGGUUUAAUGAAACUGUUGAGAUCAAGGAGGCCCCAGAAGAGAAAAUUAAGGAAAACCCUCCCCCAUCCCCAUCAGACAGUCCUCAUUUUUACAGGAAAGGAACAACUCCCCCUCGAUCUCCCCAUGAGAGCCCUGGACCCACCCCACCCCCAUCUCCCCAAAGAAGCACAAAGAAGAAGCAGACCAGCAGCAGCUCUGGAGGGAAGCUGAGCAAGGAAGACAAGGUCCCAACCACUGAAAACUUAGCAGCCAGCUCCAGCAAGUCAGGGUCAAGAACAUCAGUGAGGCAGGAAGCACCCCCCAAACCUGUCAAGAAAGUGGAACCUGCUCACAAUCCCACCACCUCUGGAAACGGACAGUUACACUCUCAGUACCAUGGCUAUUUAGUGAAGACAGACAUGAAGCUGCCACCUGAGGAGCCUGAAGAUAUCGACUACAACGUAUCCCAUGCAGCUAUAGGCAGACAGGCGCCCCCUCUGAAGCAGAGCAGAGCACCCCCUGCCAAGUCCCUAAAGGCAAAGCAAGUUGCCAAAGAAAGCAAACCCGAGUCAAAACUCAAGAAAACGGAAUCCUCAAAACCAAAGAGCCUAUCAGAAACCAAGAAAGCCAGCAUCGAGGUCACAAGUGAAAUUGUAGAGGUUGAAUCAGGUCCUAACUCAAUUUUGGUUGCCCUUGUUAUGCUAUUGAAUAUUGGCUUAGCAAUUCUUUUCAUCCAUUUCCUGACUUGAUGGAACAAUAGCUCAGAGUGUGACUUAACUGGAAAUGAAAUGUACGGAGAAGCACUUUUAGUUGAUGGAAGUGAACAGCUGCGAGAGGAAUGUGCUCAGAGGACUUUGCUGCAAUGGGAGCGAUUUCCAGUGUUCACUCUUAUCUCACUAGAAGAAAUACACAUGUUUAGCAGCAUCACUCACCAGUCUUAUUCUGUUACCUCUGCUGCUUCUUCUAACUUCUCCAAUAUUGUUGUAGGAGAUUCAAUUUUACACACAAGUGCAUGACACUGUUCAUUACUUUUUUUUUGUUUUUGUUUUUCUCUAUCAUAAAAAUGUAAACCUUUUGUUUGAUGUAUAACCAAUUGAUACCACUCAGCCAAGAGUUCCUUUUCAUUUGCUGUUUUUUAACAAAAUAAUAAUAAAAAAACAACAACUUGCAACUUUAAUACAAAAGGUGCAUUAACAGGUUUACAGACAUUGUUACACAACAUUACGGAAAUUUGACAAACAAAGGGUUUAUUGUUUCUUCACAAUUUUGACUAUUUUUAGAAAAUUGGUUUGUGGCAUUUGUUCAUCACACUACAUAGAAAGCAGAAAGUGUAAUCUAACUAAAGUGAAAUCUGAGGAGCAUAAAGGGUUGUCUUGUUUGGUUUGCAUGUUUCACUAUAAAUAUUUGUUUUAGCUAGUUGGAACACAUUGUGACUGAAUUUACUAACUUAAUACAAUUAUAAGUGUUAAUUUAUGUAUCUAUUUUUUUCUUUUUUUUGUUUACUUAUGACAUGAUAUUGUAAAAUAAGCAUCGACUAUGUGCAUGGGAUAUUGUUAACUAUUGACAAUCAUGUC